CGGGGAAAGAAAAGCCAAACUUCAAAGCUUCAGCUUCAAAAUCAAAAUCAAAACCCACAUUAUCGUUAUCUAAAUUCUAAUGUCCCCAACACAACAGAGUCUCCAACAAAUGCUCUGAAAACUGAAAACUGAAAACAAACACUUUCUUCUCCCUCUGCCAAUGACGCACAAACGAUUGCAACCCACAAUCCCAACGUUAAAACCCAUUCUCUCACACACAUGAAGAACAGAAAAUCACCCUCCUUCGCCGUUACCGUCACAGUUGCCGUUUUCAUCUCUUUAUUACCAAUAUCCCAUGCCAUCGGCUCCGGCACCACCCUCGCCGUCACCGACGUUUCCGGCACCGUCUGCGGCGUGGUGGCAUCGGAGCCGACGCGGCGCAUUGCGUGCUACCGUGACGGACAAGUCAUCGCCGUCGCGCCCAACGUGUCGUUUUCAUCGAUCUCCGGCGGCUGGAGCUACUUCUGCGGCCUGAGGUCCGGCAACUACAGCCUCCUCUGUUGGGACACCGUCUCAACCUUCCAAAGCAAGAGGCUUUACAACAAUGACACUGUUCUAUUCGAGAAUCUUGCUGUCGGGGAUUCCCAGGUUUGUGCCACCGUUGUCGGAACCGGAACAGCGUCGUGUUGGAGAACCAACGGUGCGUUUGAAUUGGCUUCUGGGUCUGACGAAUUCGCUUCUAUUUCAUCUGGGUCUGGUUUCUCUUGUGGAAUUCUGAAGGGUAGUUAUCAGGUUCGGUGUUGGGGAAUUGGGUCUAUUGCGAGGAGGAUAGACAGUGAGUUUGGAAACAUGUCUAUGAUGAGUCUCGUGGCUGGGGAUUCACAUGUUUGUGGAUUGAAUUCAAGUGGGUUUUUGGUUUGUAAAGGAAGUAACAGUUUUGGUCAAAUUGAUGCUCCUGAAGGAGGGGCUUUGGAGUUUUCUGGUUUGGCACUUGGAGCUGAGCAUAGUUGUGCUAUUAGAAGAUCUAAUGGUUCUGUCGUUUGUUGGGGUGGGAAAGGGUUAUUUUCAGUUAAUGUUACCAAAGGUGUUUCUUUUGAGGUUAUUGUUUCUGGGUCAAAUUUUACUUGUGGAUUGACAACAAACAAUUUUUCAGUUAUUUGUUGGGGUCCUGGUUGGCCCAAUAGUUCUUAUUCUGCUUCAGGUUUUGAGCUUCCCUUGCCUCCUAUUCUUCCAGGGCCUUGUGUUCAAUCUUCUUGUAGUGAAUGUGGUAUAUAUCCUCAGUCUCAAUUUUUGUGUUCUGGUUCUGGUAGCAUUUGCAAGCCACAACCUUGUAGGCCUCAAAUGCCGUCACCACCAUCACUGCCACCGCAGAUGACUCCUCCGUCGGUGCCGGCUUCCCGGUCAAAGACGUUGACAAAGGGCUUAUUGGCAUUUGCCAUUGUUGGAUCAGUGGGAGGUGUUGCUGGUAUUUGCACAGCAAUUUAUUGCUUGUGGACUGGGGUUUGUUUAGGGAAGAAGAAAAUUCACAAUUCUGUGCAGCCAACAAUUACAAGAGGUGGCAGUUUCAACGGUGGUGGUGCUUCUAAUCAUAAUAGCCCACCGUCAAGAUCAUCCACCAUUAGGCGUCAGGGCUCGAGGAUAAUGAGGCGCCAACGGAGUGGAACCUCAUCAACAAAACAUCCAGAUAGGGCAGAGGAGUUCACCCUGGCUGAGCUUGUUGCAGCCACCAACAAUUUCUCACUUGAGAACAAGAUUGGUGCUGGAAGCUAUGGUGUUGUUUAUAGAGGCAAACUUGCUGAUGGCCGCGAGGUGGCAAUCAAAAGGGGUGAAACUGGUACUAAGAUGAAGAAGUUCCAAGAGAAAGAGAGUGCAUUUGAGUCUGAAUUGGCCUUUUUGUCCCGUUUACACCACAAGCAUUUGGUUAGGCUAGUUGGUUUUUGUGAGGAGAAGGAUGAAAGACUCUUGGUGUAUGAGUACAUGAAAAAUGGGGCAUUAUAUGAUCAUUUGCAUGACAAGAAUAAUGUGGACAAGAGUAGUAGUGUAUUGAAUUCUUGGAGAAUGAGGAUAAAAAUUGCGCUGGAUGCUUCGCGAGGAAUUGAAUAUCUUCAUAAUUAUGCAGUUCCUUCUAUAAUUCACAGGGAUAUCAAGUCUUCUAACAUUCUCAUUGACGCGACUUGGACGGCAAGAGUAUCUGAUUUUGGAUUGUCAUUGAUGAGUCCAGAAUCUGAUCACGAUUACCGGCCAACGAAGGCAGCCGGAACAGUCGGAUACAUUGAUCCUGAAUAUUAUGGUCUAAAUGUGUUAACAGCAAAGAGUGAUGUCUAUGGGCUUGGAGUGGUAUUGUUAGAAUUAUUAACAGGAAAGAGAGCUAUAUUCAAGAAUGAUGAAAAUGGAGGCACCCCAGUGAGUGUGGUAGACUUUGCAGUGCCUGCAAUUUUAGCAGGCGAAUUGGCGAAAAUUUUGGACCCGAGGGUUGAACCACCAGAGUUGAAUGAAACAGAAGCAGUGGAGCUGGUGGCAUAUACUGCUAUGCAUUGUGUAAAUUUGGAAGGGAAAGAUAGACCAACAAUGGCUGACAUUGUGGCCAAUUUGGAGCGUGCUUUGGCUCUUUGUGAUAGUAGUCAUGUCAGCAUUUCCAGUGGAACAAUCUCCAUUGUAUCUGAAUGAUAUUCAAUACCUCAGAAAGGGAAACAAAGUAGAAAAUGUUUUCUUAUUCUUAUUGAUUUUUUCUGAUAAAUUAUACGGGUUUACUCUUGGGGUGUAAAGAUUAGCAAUUUCAUCUAACACUAAGCUGUAGUGUAGAAUUUUGUGGAACUAACAGCCAGUAAAAUUGAUCAUUUAUAGUUUUCU